AUGGUGUAUUUUGCUCUCUGUAGGGAGGACAAAAAGAAAAAGGAGAAAAAAGAAAAGAAGGAAAAGAAAGAGAAAAAAGAAAAGAAAGAGAAGAAAGAAAAAAAAGAGAAGAAACAAAAGGAUGAAAAAGAAAAUGAGAACGAAAAGGAAAAGGAAAAGGAAAAAGAAAAGGAAAAGGAAAAGGAAAAGGAGAAAGAAAAGGAAAAGGAAAAGGAAAAGGAAAAAGAAAAAGAAAAAAAGGAGGGCCCUAAGGAGGUAUUUGUGAUUAACCCAGCGGGACUCCUGUACUAUCAAUGGCUGCUUAUAAUCACAAUUCCUGUCAUGUACAAUUGGACAGCUAUAAUUGCAAGAGCCUGCUUUGAGGAGCUGCAGCAUGACUAUCUCCUGAUAUGGUUCCCUCUGGACUACACCUCCGACCUGCUUUAUUUGGCUGACAUGGCCUUCAGAGCACGAACAAGUUACCUGGAACAGGGCUUACUUGUCAAAGACGAAAAGCUCCUUCUUCAGCGGUACAAAGACAGUCUUCAGUUCCGCAUUGAUGUCAUCUCAAUGCUACCCACAGACAUCUUCUACUUCGUUUUAGGGUUAGACUACCCAGAGAUCCGCAUAAACAAGUUGCUCCGCCUGAACCGCAUGUUUGAGUUCUUCACAAUCUCAGAAACCAUGACCAACUACCCCAACAUCUUCAGAAUCUGCACUUUGAUCAUGUACAUCAUCAUCAUCAUCCACUGGAACGCAUGCCUCUACUUCUCCUUCUCCAAGGCCAUUGGGUUCGGAUCAGAUGCAUGGGUGUAUCCCUCUCUCACUGAACCCGAGUUCGGAGAGCUGAUGCGAAAAUAUUCCUUCAGCCUCUACUGGUCCACUCUUACCCUCACCACCAUCGGAGAGAUGCCGUCUCCGGAGCUAGACUCUGAAUUCUUCUUUCAUGUGGUUGACUUCCUGGUGGGUGUCUUGAUCUUUGCCACCAUUGUGGGUAACAUUGCUACAAUGAUCUCAAAUAUGAAUGCGGCCCAGGCUCAGUUCCAAGCCAGGAUUGACAACAUCAAGCAGUACAUGCAUGCGCGGCAUGUCAGCAAAGAUCUUGAGAUACGUGUCAUCAAGUGGUUUGACUACCUGUGGACUAACAAGAAAGCACAAGAUGAAAGAGAGGUGUUGAGGUACUUGCCAGACAAGUUACGGGCGGAGAUAGGCAUGAAUGUGCACUUAGAUACGCUCAUGAAGGUGCGGAUCUUUGCCGACUGUGAAGCAGGGCUACUGAUCGAGUUGGUGUUGAAGCUUCGCCCUCAGGUCUUCAGUCCCGGUGACUACAUCUGUCGCAAGGGCGAUAUUGGCCGGGAGAUGUACAUCAUAAAGGAUGGCAAACUUGCUGUGGUGGCUGACGAUGGUGUAACUCAAUUUGUCGUCCUUAGCGAUGGGAGCUACUUUGGAGAAAUCAGCAUUCUAAACAUUAAGGGCAGCAAGGCUGGAAACCGUAGAACGGCCAACAUUCGAAGCAUAGGAUACUCAGACCUCUUCUGUCUGUCCAAAGAUGAUCUGAUGGAGGCUUUGACGGAAUAUCCCGAUGCCAAGGCUAUGCUUGAGGAUAAAGGGAGACAGAUUCUGCUGAAGGAUGGUCUGUUGGAGCUGGACCCUGCGAAACUGAAGCCAGACGAGAGGGACUUGGAGGACCGUGUAAACCGAAUAUACAACACACUGCAGCUCAUGCAGACCAAGCUGAAGAAGCUGCUAUCGGAUCAGGAGGAGACGCGAAAGGAUAUCAAACGGCGGAUUGCUCAGAUAGAGCACAUUGCUGGAGAGGUGGUGGAGGAUGAAGAUGAAGAGGAGGAGAAGGAAAAGAAGGAAGAAACAGAAGAGCCAGAGAAAGAGGAAGGGACAGAGAAAGAGAAGUUAGAAGAAGACAAGGAAAAGACGGAAGAAAAAGAGGAGGAAAAGAUGGAGAAAGCGACCGAAGAGGAAAAGAAAGACGGGGAGACAUGAUAAGACCCUACGAGACUGUUUCAUAAUAAAACAGAGAAUAACUCUGGAUAAAAAUCUAAACAGUAAAUACAGUCAAAUUAAAAACAAAUGUAUUCUUAACUCUUGUUCUUAGUAACACUACUUUGUUUAGCCAAUUUGAAUUUGUUCAUUCACUACAUGUUUUGUGCAGCCAAUAAAUUCUUGUCAAGGCAACUA